UGAACUUUUGAAAGCUUCAGCUAACCUCUGAAGAAAUGGACACGAGCACCGCGCCCACCCGCCCAGGUGGUGCUGUGGAUAAUGACAUCAUCCAAGUAGGUGGCAGCGUAUGCAGCGUGUGGACGCAGCACUCGAUCCAUGAGACGUUGGAACAUGGCCGUGGCACUAAACAAGCCAAAUGGAAGCGUAGUAAAUUGGUAUAACCCAUACGGAGUGGAGAAAGCAGUUUUUUUUCUUGGACUCUGACAACAGAGGAAUCUGCCAAUAACACUUAGUCAAAUCCUCCCCGGAGGAGUCUAGAUUCGGUGAACUGUCAGGUCAGUCCGGCUUGGCAGGGGGGAGCAAACUGCUCUGAGAAUGGCGAUGCAAUGAAGGUCAAUGGCUCCUGUGCCCCCACCCUCUCUGUCCCACUGACUGUAGUACACAAGGGGCGGUCACUUCUCUCGGUACACUCUGCAUGGACGGAAGGCUGCUGGUUGACUGAUCCUGCAAGAACUGCAACCCAAGACCCGACAUGGCAUCUUUGAUUGCACUCAACAACGGAGCGAAGAUCCCGAUGCUGGGCAUAGGAACCUGGCGGGCAGACCAGGGUAAGGCCACUGAGGUCAUUAGGCUGGCGAUAAGAGCCGGUUACAGGCACAUCGAUGGUGCUCACGUGUACCAGAACGAAGAAGAUGUCGGGGUUGGAAUUCGUGCCGCAAUUGACGAAGGAGCAGUUAAGAGGGAGGAUCUAUUCAUUGUCAGCAAGUUGUGGUGCACCUUCCACAUUCCAUCUCUGGUGAGGGGAGCCUGCGAAAGGACACUUAAGGACCUGAAACUGGACUUUUUGGACCUAUACCUCAUGCAUUUCCCAUAUGGAGCCAAACCAGGCGAUGAGCUUUUUCCACUUGAUGAAAAUCAACAGCUCAUUUCCGACGGCAGCAACUUCUUGGACACUUGGGAGGCCAUGGAAGAGCUGGUGGACGCUGGAUUGGUCAAGGCUAUUGGCAUCUCCAACUUCAACAAAGACCAAAUCGAUGCCAUACUCAACAAGCCGGGCCUCAAGUACAAGCCGGCUAACAACCAGAUUGAGUGCCACCCAUACUUGACCCAGGAGAAGCUGAUCAACUACUGCCACUCGAAGGGCAUCUCAGUGACCGCGUACAGCCCCCUGGGCUCCCCCGACCGACCCUGGGUUUCUUCGGAUGACCCCUCCCUGCUGGAGGAACCGAAGAUCAAGGCUAUAGCAGACAAGCACAACAAGACCCCAGCACAGGUUCUCCUCAGGUUCCACAUCCAGAGGAAUGUGAUUGUCAUAGCCAAGUCAGCGACCCCCCAUCGGAUCAAGGAAAAUCUGCAGUUGUUUGACUUUGAGUUGAGCGAAAACGACAUGAAGACCAUGAUGAGCUUCCCUGAGAAAAGAGCAUUUGUGAUGAAAUGGGCCACAACACACAAAGAUUUUCCACUGAAUGCAGAGUAUUAGCUCAUGAGACAACGUGCUGCAACGCUGUUGACAUAAAUAACUACAUUCGUGCAUAAACAAUUGGAAGGGAAAAUGUGAUCUUUUAUGCUUACAACUAACCCCUUUGCUAAUGCUGCAUUACAUCACAUUUUUAACAGAAAGUACAUUUCUGUAUUCGAUUUGCUGUGUAAACUUAUUCUCUUUAGCGUGAAUAAUAUCCUGUUGGUAACAACCAAAACUAACAACAAAACUAUUUGAGUCGAAACACCAUCAACACCUUUCUCAAAGUUAGCGUUUGUCCUCAUACCUUCAUGCAGAGAUUUAGCCUUCUUCUUCUUCCAGCCCGGUAAUGCAAAGUCAUUGCACUGUUUGGUCUUUUUACCACAGGGAUUUAUUUUGAUUCUUGAAAAAAAACAAGAAACAGCUUCCCCCGGAGAAGUGGAAGUGACCAUUUCGUAAUAGCGUCAAUACACGUGAUGUUCAAGUGCCAUCUAUGACAUGCAAGUAAAUAUGGGAAAUGCUUCGUAAAAAGCAGAACAUACUUUGACUUGUCUUAGGUUGUAAACAGGGGUUUUAAUUUGCAUUGAGUUUAUAUGUAAAUGUAUAAGUGCUUACAUGAAGGAGAAACAGGUUGAGUUAAAUGAGGAGUGCUGAAGUAUGAUCACGGUUGUGCGAUGAAAAAUGUGCGUCACCUGAAUACAGAUUUGAUCUUUUAUGAGAAUAAAAUUGAAACAUGUGCUUAUUGCAAAACUACAAAUGACUGAUGUCGGCGCUAAUUCUCAGACCUGUUACACACUUUAACGCGAGUUAGUGAACGUGAAACAUUUAGCUUCGGGAGGUACUUUAAGUAACACAGUGACCACAAUGUAAUUCACUAUGGCAAGGCAACACGGAAAAAAUA